GCAUAUUUAACCCUCUAAAAAAUCAAUAACUCGUGGCCAUGUUUGAUUGUUUACAGGAGAAGCUUGGUUCUUUCUUCUUUUUACUUGAACAAAGAAAAAGGUUGAAGCAUUGAGUGUCCCUUCCGUGCGGUGAAGUGAAUAACAAUCAAUUUGAAACCCAAAAAUACACGCCAUUUUCAACGGUCAUUUUUUACUUCAACAAGAUUGUAUUUUUUGUUUUGGUCAAAGGAAAGAACACAAACAUGGCCGAAACAUCCUCAUCCAACAACGUUAAUAAUAUUCCAAUUGAAAUUGUUAGCGAAGAAGAAAUGGCGUUCAUAGAAGCAGCUUAUGCUUCUGUCUCUUCAUCUUCUUCUUCUUCUAUUCUCUCUCGUUGUUCUUCUUCUUCUUCUCCUACUCGUCUUCUUCACAACAAUGCAAUUUCCAUUAACUCAAUUACUCUUGUAUCUAAACGAAGACUAUCUUCAUCUUCAUCUUCAUCAUCAUGUGCUGGUGACAUUGAAGAUACUGUUGUUAAUUCUUCUUCACAGAAGAAACCCAAUAUUUCUGAUUCAUUUCUCCGUCGUUUUAGAAAAAAACGUGCUUUGUCCGUCACUGAUCUUACAUCCACGGAAUGGUGCCCAAAACAAAUGGAAUUUACACUCCUUCUUGGAGGCAGAAAGGUCAAUCAAUUUAUGAAAGCUGGCAUUGCUCGACAUGCAAAACUUGAAGCAGAGGUUAUAACACGAAUGGAAGUGAAGGUCCAAUCACAAGAAGAUCGCAUGGCCCUGAAGUUUCUUAAUUUUAUAGCUGGUGUGAAUCAAUUGUUAUUUGAAGGAUUAACUCGGGAACUGCCGAUAAUAGGCUUUGCAGAAGAUAUAUGGAUGGUGGGAAUAAUUGAUGAGGUUCGGAUGCCAUUAACCGAAAAUGAUCAUAAUCCUAUACUAAUUGACACAAAGACUCGUGCUCGAGACACGCUCCCCGCUGAACCACAACGAAGAAACGGAAGGCUUCAAUUGAUGUGCUACAAGUAUAUGUGGGACAAUUUAGUUGCUGAUAACUUUCCUUCUAAAGACUUUUUUACUUAUUUUGGCUUAAACCCUCAAAGUAUUCUCUGUGAAGAUCUGAGAGUGCUAAGUGCUGACUCUGGAUUUUCUGCUACGACCCUUGAUGAUGUGGUGAGAUAUUACAGAAAUACAUACAUGAUGUUGUCCCCUGCUAAUGAUCAGCUUUUGCUGAGAUAUGAGUAUCAGAAAGAUCAUUCAUUGCUUUGUGAAGAUAAAUUUGCAUAUGAUGCUGUGUGGCUAAAGAAUCAAAUCCGUUCUUGUAUUGAGUUUUGGCUUGGAGAGCGAGAAGCCGCUUAUGUUCACGAGGAGGAGCGCUGGAAAUGUCGAUUCUGUCAAUAUGCACCCGUCUGUCCUGCAUACACUGAAAGUAAGGGAAUAGAUGCCAAUACAAGCAAUGAUUCAAAAGCCAAAGAAGUCUAGAUAUCGGAAUGCUGAUUCACUUUAGCCACCGUUAACUGUCUCAAUAACGGCUAAAACAAGAAAAAGCAUGACCUUUCAACCAGAUUGUCUAUUUAUUCCAAUAAAGAAUAAAGAGUCUUCUGAUGACAAGCGGUGAAAUUUCACAUCUCUUUUCCCGCCGUUUCUUCCAGAUCCAUGCAAGACCGCAAGAUCUUGCUUGUUAUAACUUAUAGGCCUAUUAGGUUUACUGUAAGCAUUGUUUUAUUCAUUUAUCCAAUGCAUUGUUGUUGUAGCCGCAUGCCAAUUGUUAUUAGAUAUUCUAUUAUCAUCAUGUAUAAAGUUCGUUUUUGGGUCAUCAGUGUAAAAUUUGUAUUAAAUACUAUCAAAGGUACAGGCAAA